UCGAUGGUCGUCCACCGAAGCUAAUAAGCAGUGUGUUGGGGUUCGCGGCGGUUAGCUUGUGCUCGCGAGGCACCUGUAUUGCCGACGUUAGCAUGCUAGCCUCUGCUAGCUUGUUUAUAUUAGCAUGUUAGCUCGGGGUUUGCUAUCUGAGCCCCGAAGCGCGAAGCAGCUUGAACAUGAGCCGGGCCCGUUAGCGUCAUGCGAAGCGGGAGUUAGUUUAUCGGUUUACCGGCUUCUCAGCCGUGGAGGUUGUUGAAUGAACGCAGGGUGGAUUAGCGUUUAGUGUCGACUUCGUGUAUGAAAAAUGGAGUGAGACGACAGCCGUCACGUGUGUACUUAGCAGGGUGAUGACAUAAUCGAUCAUGCUAGCUGCAUGGAGACUUUGACAACGAGCCUUUGUUUGCCUGCAGACGGCUGAGUGAUUCGGGUUAAAGCUGUCAUCAGACUGAAGGAUGAACAACAGCAGCUGCUAUGGCCUGCAGCCGCGGUCCUGCUAACCCCGAGACGCUGGAAGGGUUCCAUGAGGUCAACCUGGCCUCGCCCACCACCCCUGACCUGCAGAACCAAGUAGAGCAGCGCCCCACCGCCUGCCACAACACCCCGCCAUCCUCCCUCUACCGCACACAUGCCUUACGACCGCCCCCCCCUGGCCUCCACUCCUCCCUGCGAGCUGACCAGCUCCCCACACAGCCCGUCUACUCCACGCCGCGACACAGCCACAAUGGAAGUGUGCAGGGCUCGGAGGCGGAGGCGGAGGUGGCCGAUGGCAACUUCCCGUCUGGGGAGGAUGGCGAGGAGUGCGGCCUGUCACACCUCCGCAGCCCGUCAGUCAUGGAGGUGCGGGAGAAAGGAUAUGAGCGUCUGAAGGAGGAGCUGGCCAAGGCCCAGAGGGAGCUGCUGUUGAAGGAUGAGGAGUGUGAGAGGUUGUCAAAAGUGCGAGAUCAGCUCGGCCAGGAGCUGGAGGAACUCACCGCCAGCCUCUUCCAGGAGGCCCACAAGAUGGUGAGAGAGGCCAACGUGAAACAGGCCAAUGCUGAGAAGCAGCUUAAAGAAGCUCUGGGCAAGAUUGACGUUCUCCAGGCGGAGGUCCAGGCCCUGAAGACGCUCGUUCUCUCCUCCCCAACGUCGCCUGUCGGCGAGCUGCCGUCUGUGGGCGUGGCUGGGAAGACCCCCUUCAAGAAGGGCCACAGUAGGAACAAGAGCACCUCCUCCGCCAUCUUGGGAACUCAACCGGACCCGUCGGCCACACAGCCCAUCGUACGAGAGUGUCGAGAGGCGGACCAUCAGCUUUUCACAGAGUUCAAGGCCUGGAAGGAGGAGCCCACGCUGGACCGCAGCUGCUGCUUUCUGGAGCGAGUGUAUCGUGAGGACAUAUACCCCUGCCUCACCUUCAGCAAGAGCGAGCUGGGCUCGUCCAUCCUGGAAGCUGUGGAACUGAACACGCUCAGUGUGGAGCCGGUCGGAUUCCAGCCGCUGCCCGUAGUCAAAGCCUCGGCCGUGGAGUGUGGCGGACCAAACGGGCCAAGGUCUGAGCUCAUCACGAAGUGCGCCUUGAGUGGUCAGACCAAAACCUGCAAGCACAGAAUCAAGUUUGGAGACUCGUCCAACUAUUACUUCGUGUCGCCGUACUGCCGAUACAGAAUCACGGUGGUGUGUAAUUUCUUCACCUACAUUCGUUACAUCCACCAAGGGCUGGUCAAGCAGCAGGACGCCGAGCAGAUGUUCUGGGAGGUGAUGCAGCUGCGCAGGGAAAUGUCCUUGGCCAAGCUGGGCUACUACAAAGACCAACUGUGACUGACGGACGGCUAACUCCAACACAAAGCCCUGCCUCCUCCGCUGUGGUGUGUACGACACCGAGCCUGUGGGUCGUCAUUGUCGCUUCUGACCUUUUGUUCAAAGCCGAAACACUCCUGAAUGAAAACCUCAACCACCUUCUCCUGCAAACCUAACAGACACAAAGAAUAGCUUCCUCCACCAAUUAUUCCUACGAUAUCAGUAAGGGUGGCUGUUGGUCUGUUUACAAUCCAUUCCCGUCAUUCCUAUUGUUGUCACACCCAAGUACAAGUUCACGUGUGCAAUGACAUCGUUUAGCAAAGGUGGGGAAUUAUGCUCAUUGCUUUAUUUGCAAGGAAAUCAAAGACUACAUUCCUCACUAAACACCCAAUCCGCUCUGAAGGACAUUUGUAGCUUCUUCAUCCUUAGUUCAACCCGUGUGUGUGUGUGUGUGUGUGUGUGUGUGUGUGUGUGUGUGUGUGUGUGUGUGUGUGUGUUGCUGUGUAAGCUAUUCAACAGCAAUGUCACUCUCUCACUUUGUUUUAGUGCCUUUUCUCUCUCUCUCUGAAAUAAACAAAUAAGAAAAGACAGUGCAG